CCUACUCCCAACAUCCACUUGUGCGGUCGGGUUCAGUGGUGUUCAUCAAUCAAGAGAUCAACAUGCUGUCUGCGCUGCGAUCUGCCGGCGCCGCCCGCCGCGUGCGCUCCGUCGCAACGAUUCAUCGUGCCAUGAGCACAAAGACAAGUGAUGACAAGCGCUACAGACCUGUGAACGAAGUGCCGGAGAGCGUCCUGCAAAACGUGCAUUCAGACAAGGUGUUUUCUCCUGGCUUUUCUAUCAAGGGGCAAACCACGCAAGGCCGCGCUGCGUACUUGGAUGUCCAAGCGACCUCUCCGUUGGACCCUCGUGUGUUGGACAAGAUGAUGCCACACUUGACGCACAGCUACGGCAAUCCGCAUUCCCGCACGCACAGCUACGGGUGGGACGCGGAUAGGGCGGUGGAACACGCACGCGGCCAGGUCGCGGCCCUGAUCGGUGCCGACGCGAAGGAAGUGAUGUUCACGUCUGGCGCGACCGAAUCGAACAACACGAUCAUCAAAGGUAUCGGUCGGUUCUACAAGUCCAAGAAGAAGCACGUGAUCACGACUCAGAUUGAACACAAGUGCGUGUUGGACUCGUGCCGUGUGCUGGAAGCCGAGGGCUUUGACGUAACGUAUCUGCCCGUGCAAACCAACGGAUUGGUGGACAUCGACGUGUUCAAGGCGGCGAUCCGUCCCGACACGGUAUUGGCGUCCGUGAUUGCCGUCAACAACGAAAUCGGUGUGUUGCAGCCGCUGGCGGAACUCGGCCGCAUCUGCCGCGAACGCAAGGUGUUCUUCCAUACGGACGCCGCGCAGAUGGUGGGGAAGCUCCCCAUCGACGUGGACGCAAUGAACAUUGACGCGAUGUCCAUCUCCGGCCACAAGGUGUACGGCCCCAAGGGCAUCGGCGCCAUGUACAUCCGCCGCCGUCCCCGCGUCCGCUUGGAACCGAUUUUGUCGGGCGGGGGCCAAGAGCGCGGGCUACGCAGCGGCACGUUGCCGCACCCGCUGUGCGUCGGCCUGGGCGAAGCGUGUGCUGUGGCGCAGCGCGAAAUGGAACACGACCACAAGUGGGUGUUACAUCUCGCCGAGAAGCUGCAGAAAGGCAUCCACGACGCGAUCCCGCAUGUGAUUUUGAACGGCGACAAGGAACACCGAUACUGGGGCAACGUCAACCUGAGCUUUGCGUACGUCGAAGGCGAGAGUUUGCUCAUGGCGCUUAAGGACAUUGCCGUGUCGAGUGGCAGUGCGUGCACGAGCGCGUCGCUGGAACCUUCGUACGUGCUGCGCGCCAUUGGCGUCGGGGAAGACCUGGCGCACACGUCGAUCCGCUUUGGAUUGGGUCGUUUCACCACGGAAGAGGAAGUGGACUUCGCCGUCGCGCUCUGCGUCAAGCACGUCAGCCGGCUGCGUGAGAUGAGUCCGCUGUGGGAGAUGGUGCAGGAAGGCAUUGACCCUAGCACGAUCCAGUGGACCCAAGAUGCUCAUCAUUGAGAAGGUUCAAUGCAGCAUGCCGUUUCUUCAUUGAACUGGGGAAGCUCCGUUUAGAUUUUAAUUUUGACCAAUCAUAUGCCCUAUUGUACUUUAAAUGCGGUUUAAGCAUUCCUUUUACGAGUCAA